AUGCCAGAAAUAUCGCACUAUGAGAAUUCAACCAUGAUUGAUGGGGCAUUCGAAGCCGGAAAGCCAGACCAAUGUUUGUCUUUGGAUGCAGUGCUUAUUGAGAUUGUGCACGGCAAAGAAAUCCAAGCACAAAUUGUGAUCAUGACCGGGAAGACGUUUUCGUUGAGGGAAGACGAUCAUCAUGUUGAUCAUGAACAUGAUGAUUUGGAUGAUGACGUCCAUAAAGAUGAUGACGAUGAGGAUGAAGAUGAUGGCUAUGACGGUGAUGAUAAGAAGCAGGAGGAACAUGAUACGGAUGGUGAUGACUCGGAUUAUCAUGAGGAGGAUGCGGACGAAAACGAUGAGAAAAAAGAUGACGAAGAUCAUGACAAUAAGAAAUCACAUAGUGAUGAAGAUGAAUCGAAGGGUGAGCAAGAUGAUGGUAUUAUUGAUGACGACCCCGAUGAUGUUCAGAAAAUUGAUGAUCGCGACGGUGAUAUUAAAGACGACGACUCAGAUGAUGACGAAUAG